GUGUUUCCACACGGACCCUUUUCUAAACCGCACCUGGUUUCAUGUGUUGCUUGUGAUGGAGAGACUUCUCACUUCUUCUGCUUGACAGUCUCCCACACCGCCUGGACGACUGACGGACAGACAAGCUGCUCUCCAACAUGUCCGGCGACACGAGCAGGUCCUCGGCGGAGGUAGUUCUGGGCUUCCUGGAGGAGGCGGAGCCGUGGCGGCUCUUGUCCCCGCAGUUCCCCAGUAAAGUCGGGGGGAAACCGGCGUGGCUCAGCCAGAGAGGCCUGCCCGAGCUGCCCGAGCUGGCGUGUGAGAUCUGCCGCCUGCCAAUGGCCUUCCUCCUGCAGGUCUAUGCACCUAUUUCUGGCCAGGACAGAAGUUUCCACCGAACACUCUUUGUGUUCUGCUGCAAAACCCGCGAGUGCUACACAUGCAACGACAGCCGUUGUGUGAAAGUUUUUAGAAGUCAGAUCCCUCGGAGGAAUGAGUUCUACCCCUUCAGCCCUCCAUCAGAGGAUGAACCCCCCAGUGAGUCUGAUUCGGACCAGAGCGUGUUGUCCGUCUCUGGAGUUAAACUAUGUUGGGUGUGCGGUUGCCCCGGCAGCAAAGCCUGCUCCCGCUGUCACUCUGUAAGCUACUGUGGAAAACACCACCAGACCCUCCACUGGAAACACGCUCACAAGAAGGAAUGUUGCAGCCAAGAAGCGUCAGCUGUCACAAAAUCUCCCUUCCUCCUCCCCGAGUCUGAGCUGCUCACUGAGCCUGAGGAAGAGGAGGAAGACAAGGAGGAAGAGACGGACACAAAGGAGGCUGAAGAGGAAGAAGAAGAGCAGGGGGGUGUGGAUUGUCCCUCCUUAGCGGACACCCUGGCAGAGACGGACCUGGAAGAGAUGGCUAUGCAUGAGACUGAAGACAACAAAGUAUUCCAAAAGUUUAAAAAGAAGAUCGCACCAGAACCACACCAGGUGGUGCGUUACAGUCGAGGGGGCUCUCCGUUGUGGGUUUCUUCUCAGCACAUCCCAUCUGAUCAGGACAUCCCACCAUGCACCUGUGGUGCCAACAGGAUCUUUGAGUUUCAGGUAAUGCCCCAGCUGUUAAACAGUCUGUGUGUGGACUCGACGGGAGCCAGUAUCGACUGGGGGACGCUGGCUGUCUACGCAUGCUCUGACAGCUGUAACCAUGGCGACAAGUACUGCCCCGAGUUCAUUUGGAAGCAGGACUUCGGCUCAGAACAACACGCACAGAUUAAACCCACAUAGUGUGUAUGUCUGCUGGAGACAGUUUAGGACAGUGAUGAAUGUGAAAAGACUCAGCGAUGGGAAAACUGUUUUUUACUCCCACUGGAUUAAAUCACAGUUGUAGUGAUGUCACUCCCCAUUUAGUGGGCUGGACAUCAUCUGCUGCUCUUGUAUGUGAGAGAUCAUCAGUGUGAAAUUCAGUUUAAACUCCAUCUGAGACCAUCGAAGUGGAAGAAGAGUUUUUAAAUCUGUAACAUCCUCCCACCUCCACACCUUUUUUUUAUGAUCCUCAAAAUUCUGUAUGCUAAGAAGAAUGCAUCUGUUGUGGGUUUGUACAUCAUCAAUGCUGUGUACUACAGUAAGUCUAACAGAUAAUAUGACUUGUGCCUUAUCAUCACACAAUAAAGUUUUUUAACAAAACAGAAAAAA